UCAUGCUGCUGCCAGGUCCAGAGUCUCUCAUGGGUCCCUGUACGGCCUCCCAUUGCUGCUGUCUCCAUCGCCACACUCUGCCAUGUGCCACUUUCAGGUCUCCUCACACUGCUGGUGUGUUGAAUUUUUUGACAUAGGGUGCUGGCAGAUUACGGGCCUCCCAUAGCUGCUGCCAGGCCCCUAAUCUGCCAUAGGCCCCUAUAUACCGCCUCCUCAUGCUGCUGCCAGGUCCAGAGUCUCUCAUGGGUCCCUGUACGGCCUCCCAUUGCUGCUGUCUCCAUCGCCACACUCUGCCAUGUGCCA